UCUUUACCAAAAAAAAAAAAGAUCUAAAAAAAAACAAAAAAUAUUUUGAGAUGGCAAAUUUAGAUGAAAAUAAUCAAGGUGAAAGUAUGGAAUUAUUAGGCGUGAUUUAUGGUAUAGGAAUGAACGUUAAUAAUAUAAUAGGAGUUGGCAUUUUUACAACUCCCGGAAUUGUUUGGAAACAGGUAAAAACGCCUCAUGUCGUUAUAUUAUUAUGGCUAGCCGGUGGGAUUGUAAGUCUAUUUGGUUCCCUUAUUUAUACCGAGUAUGGAGCCCUACAUAGAGAUAAUGGUGGAGAAAAAAUUUAUUUGGAAAAAGCAUAUCCAUCACCACCAUUAAUGGCAAGCUACCUUUUUAGCUUCAUGUUCAUAUUCGUGAUUCGACCCGUGAUUAUAUGCGCAGUAUUACAGUCUGCUGCGCAAUAUACAUGGUAUAUGUUUGUUGGAACCUCUCCAUUGGAUGGAGAUGACAAAAUAGAUCCACUCUUAAAUGGUUGGCAAAACAAAUUUAAACCUUACUGGAUAUUGAAAUUGAUAGCAAUUUUUUUUUUGUUAUUAAUAACAGGAUAUCAUUUGUUAAAUAGAAAAUUGGCAAAUAAGAUAAAUCAUGGUCUUGCAAUAACUAAAAUGAUCGUGAUAUUGGUAAUUGCAUUGGGUGGAAUAUCAAAGUAUCAUAAUAACGAAAAUUGGAAGAAACCUUUAGAUGAUAAUUCGAUCAAUACAGCCGUUAAUUCUUAUCCUAUUGCAAUUAUUCAAAUUUUAUUUAGUUAUAACGGAUGGAACACUCUAAAUUAUUCUUUAGAUGAAUUUAGAAAUCCUGAAGUAAAAUUAAAACUUAGCAAUAUUUCUAGUAUUGUAAUUGUAACGAUAUUAUAUUUAUUGGCAAAUGUUGCAUUUAUUACUGCUUUACCAUCUGAUGUUAUAACAAAAACCGAACAUUUUAAUGAGACAAUUACAGCAGAUUUCUUUAAAAGUAUUUUUUUUGACAGUAAUGUUGCUGCAAGGGUAUUAUCACUUUUUGUUGUUCUUUCUGCUGUUGGUACUGCUGCAACAAGUGUUUGGAGUGGAUCAAGAGUUAUUGUGUCAGCGGCGAAAUCAAAUUUUUUUCCAAUCUUUUCACCACAAUUAGUAAAGUGGAGAGAAAGGGAGAUAAAUCAGCAAGGGCAAAGAGGGGAAAAUAUGCGAUAUACUGAAUAUACGCCAGUUAACGCGUUAUUAGCGCAACUUGUAUGGUGUAUAUUCAUUAUAUUAAUCGUUGGUGGAUCAAUACAAGUUGAUAGUUUCGUGCUAUUCACUUCAAUAGCAACUUUUUCUGUCUGGAUAUUUUACAUUGUUACAAGCUUGGGUUUAGUUAAAACACGAAAAAGAUAUCCUGGUAACCCUCCAUUCAAAGUACCACGUUCAAUAAUUCAUUUGUUUAUAGUUUCGGGAUUUCUAUUUAUUGCAUUAUCAUUUGUCCCUGAUAAAGAAUCAAUACAUCCGUAUAUAGUUCAAAUAUCAUUUAUCUUGGUUAGUUGUAUAUUUUUAUUUAUUGGAUUUAUUUGUUAUUUCGGAUUAUUUCGACAGCAACAGCAACCGAUACAACCGCAACAGAUACAACUACAACCGAUACAACCGCAACAGAUACAACCGCAACAGAUACAACAGCAACAGAUACAACCGCAACAGAUACAACCGCAACAGAUACAACCGCAACAGACACAGCAACAACAGAUACAACAGCAACAGAUACAACAGCAACAGACACAACAAUAAAUACAACGGCAAUAAUUGUAGCAUCAUAGUCGACAAAAUGUAGAAGAAUUAUAAUUUAUCAAUCAAU